AUGGCGCCCCGCCUGGCGCAUCUCCGCGCCUGGGUGGCCGCCGCGCUGUGCGCCCCCGGCGCCCAGGGCGACGUCUACCUGCACAACCCGCGGGGCUCCAACAACAAGCUUUCGGAGCAGAACAACAACGUCGCCAACAACCAGCGCCUGUUUGACUCCCAGAAUAACAACAACGGCGGAUACCAGAUCGGCGACGACUGUAGGCCGGUGUGCCAGGACGCCGACAGGAAUUAUGACGAGACCAAGCCCGGCGCGAUGAAGGGCGCGAUGACCUACUACGCGGGCUCCGAGCUCUACGUCGAAUGGGCCCUGCAGCACUCCUGCGGCUACGGCAACGAGAACACGAUCUGCCAGGUGAUCCUGCAGUAUAUGUGCGACUCAGACAACCCGCUGCUGCGGGACGGCGUCCAGCGCGGAAACCAGAACAAAGCCGGUGGCCCGUCAGAGCCUCCCGUCGUCGCAGAGGCGAACAACAAGAACGGCAACGGGGACUACCUGCUUGGGCACAGGAACCGCUGCAGUUUUACCUGGACUGCCGCAGUCGCGAGCGGAACAAGGGCCUCUACACGGCCGACCGGAACAUGA